AUGUUGGUACCGAUCGGCACCCACAGCCUCAGUGCCUUCAUCUCCGGCCCAGUCCGGUCUUCUAUUUCGGACCCGAGCGCUGUUCCUGCUGCCGAUCCCCUCGUCGUGAUCAUCCCCGGAGCUGGCGAUGUAGCCGCAUCCUAUGUCGCUGUCGAGCGACUCCUGCGCCCGUGGACGCGCACGCUGCUGUACGACCGCUCCGGCCUCGGUCGCAGCGAGAAAGACCCCAGCAUAGUAAACCCUGGCGUGGUGGACCACCUGCAUAAACAUCCUGACCCUGACCCAGACCCACCAACACAGCCCGGUUCGAAUCCGAAUCCGAGUCCGGGUCCGGAUCCCCAUUCGACGUCCGCUAGCGUGAAGGCCGCGAGGGAACUUCACCUGCUCUUACAGAACUUGGAUCUCCAUAACGAUCCUUUGGUGCUGGUUGCACACUCCUACGGGGGUAUAGUCGCGCGCGAGUUCCUGCAUCUAUUCCCAGCCUCUGUCGCGGGGCUGGUCCUGUGUGACGCGUCGACCGAGCGCGCGAGUGACUUCUUCACUGUGCCGGAUUUGAAUAUCGCGGCUGUGCUUGGGGAUCUGAACUACGCCCGGGUGACGGGGUUAAGAAGUGACACUGUCCUGAGUGAUGACGAGUGGAGGGCGAGGGCGAGGGAUAUCUAUGCUGGGGCUGAGGCUGCGAGGGCUGAAGCUGGUUCGUUUGUAAGGGUUUGUGAGACGCUAGGGGAGAAGCAGCAGAUUAGAAAUCGGGCGCUGGGGAGUAGACCUCUGAGUGUUAUUAGGGCGAAUAGUCCGAGGGAUUAUGAGCGGAUCUAUCAGGCUGGGGUAAAGGCUGGGAAUGGGACGGGGGAGCAGAGGGCUGCGUUUCGGGGGUUACUGGAUCGGUGGGAUGGGAUUGAUCGUGCGUUACAGGAAGAACAGCUGAAUCUUUCGUCCACGACGAGGUUUGUGAGGCUGGAGGAUUGUGGGCAUAAUGUGCAUCUUGUGCGGCCGGACGUCAUUGUGCAGGAGAUACGGUGGGUGAGGGAUAUGGUUAUUGGAACUAGCAUCUAG